UGGAAAAUAAUUGGUGCAUCGGGUAAAAUUGGUAGGAGCAGAUCAAGCAAUGCAGUCUGCAGGAAUUCCAGAUAUGCCGGAUUUCGGCCUAUUGUCCAGCAAGACAGUGACGGAGGUGCUCAUGUUGGAGAUGAAAAUGUCUCCCAAUGCCAAGACAUAUCUUGUAUCAGGAUAUCCUAGGAAUAUGCGUGAUGUAGUAGAGUAUUCCGAAAAGAUUCAAAUAGUCCAAGGUGUCAUACUGAUAUCGUGGCGACAAAAAGUACUGGAACGACAAAUAGACUACGGUGCCAAAUUAGGUCAAGUUGUUUUAUCACUAGCUCGUAUGGAACUAAACAAUUUCUACAAGAACGUCAUACCUGUGGCGGAGUAUUUCGACCAAAGCAACAUGUUGAUAUCGGAAGGUAGUGGGGAGGAGACAUCGGCCAGUGUUGUCACAUAUACGCAGUGGUAG